AUAUCAAUCGAUAUAUCGUAGAAAAUGUCAACCUGUUGUCGUGUCGCUUAGGUUAGGUAUUUUAUUUGUAGGAGCAAAAAAUCAAUGAACGUGAUGAAUUGAAUUAUAUAAAACCACAGACAAAUCAAAUCGCUCUCACCGUAUCCUCCUCCUGCCGAUGGAAGUAAUGUUUCACUCUUCAAGCUUUCUACUUCCCACCGACAAAGCUAGAUACGCACUCGUUGUUCUGAACCAGAAUCUACCUCGUUUCACUCCUCUUCUCUGGGAACAUGAACAGCAAGACUUCGUGUGUGUGCUGAUGGAGGCGCUAAUCGUAUCUACGAUGAGUUACCCCUUUUCUUCCCUAAUGAAGACCGCUCUCCUCAUUCGUAACAGAACCACAACCACAGGGCUUCAAUGGGAUCUCACCGACACUGAGAUCAUGAGAUGAGGUUUGGUGGAUUAGUAAGUACAUCGAAUCUGGUUAGAGGGGACAAAAUCACAGUCGAGUCGGAUUCAGAUCUCCUGUGGACCAUAUCCAUCAAGAAACAAGACCCGACAAGACCUUAAGGAGUGGGGGUACUAACAAGGACAACUUUGCUAUUUUUUUCUACCAUACUCUUGAUGCAUUGCACUACUUGAAUAUUAUGAUCACUUUGUUCAUUUUUGAGUAUACCAUUAAGUAGGAGGACUAAGACUUGGUUGUAUCAUUAUUUUUGAAUACUUGUAUGGUUUUCGAGUUGCCAAUGAAAAAUCUUUGCUCUUCAUUACAAA